UCUACUGCAUGUUCAGGAAGCAGAAGCCACAGUAAUGGACACUAACGGACCAAAGAAUUUGAGAGUCGAUCCUGAAGAGCUGUUCACCAAGCUUGAGCGGAUUGGGAAGGGAUCAUUUGGCGAGGUCUUUAAAGGGAUUGACACCCGCACGCAGCAGGUGGUUGCUAUAAAGAUCAUUGAUCUGGAAGAAGCUGAAGAUGAAGUGGAGGAUAUACAGAAGGAGAUUACAGUCCUCAGUCAGUGUGACAGCCCCUUCAUCACUAAAUACUACGGCUCUUAUCUGAAGGACACAAAGUUAUGGAUCAUCAUGGAAUAUUCAGGAGGGGGCUCAGCCCUGGAUUUGCUGGAGCCUGGAGCUCUGGAUGAGACUCAUAUUGCCACCAUCCUUAGAGAAAUCCUGAAGGGUCUGGAUUACCUGCAUUCAGAGAAGAAAAUUCACAGAGAUAUUAAAGCUGCUAAUGUCCUGUUAUCAGAGCAGGGUGAUGUGAAGCUGGCUGAUUUUGGUGUGGCUGGGCAGCUCACAGACACACAGAUCAAGAGGAACACGUUUGUGGGCACUCCAUUCUGGAUGGCACCAGAAGUCAUUAAACAGUCAGAGUAUGACUCAAAGGCAGAUAUCUGGUCAUUGGGUAUAACUGCAAUCGAGCUGGCAAAAGGAGAGCCGCCCCACUCUGAUCUUCACCCCAUGAAGGCGUUAUUUCUCAUCCCGAAGGAACAUGCACCCACACUGGAGGGUAACUACAGCAAAGCUCUCAAAGAGUUUGUAGAUGCCUGUGUCAAUAAAGAUCCCAACUUUAGACCAACAGCUAAAGAGCUUUUGAAACACAAACUUAUCGUUCGAUAUGCCAAGAAGACGUCAUACCUCACAGAGCUCAUUGACAAUUACAAGAGAUGGAAAGUAAAACAGGCUCGUGAUGAGUACAGUUCAGACUCAGACUCAGAGGACAGUGAAGCAUCUGGAAUGAAGUCUGUAGAUAAUAACUGGAUCUUCAACACAAUCAGAGAAAAAGAGUCCAAACAGAACCAGAAUGAAAUCCAACAGCAGGAAGUGCUCAUCCACAAUCAGGUUCCAGACAGUCUAAAGAGACCUCUCUCCCAGAGCAUGUCCUCUAUUAUAUCCCCAUUGUUUGUAGAGCUGAAGCAAAAGGUUGGUGUUUAUAAGUCUGCGGUGUUAGAGGACCUAAAGGAGGCCAUGCAUCUGGCAGAAGAGUCAUGUCCAGGCAUCACUGACUUUAUGGUGAUGGAGGUGGUGCAGAGAUUAAAGAGGUUUUCCUCCACUCACUGAGUGAUGUCUUUAAAUUCCCAGUGAGCUUCCAUGAAGACUCACUCUCUGUGGGCGGAACCACAUUCGAAUCACAGUGCACUACAUCCAGAACACGUGGAGAACAGACACACACAUACACAAAGUUGAAUGUCGAAUACCUCUUAAGAAUGAAGCAGGUUGUGUGUGUCUGAAUUUUUUUGUGUGAUGGGUUAUAGAUUAAAUCAUUGUUUUACAAUUUGAGGUACUUGCUGUUAGAUGAUGAUAGUUUGUGAACUGAAUUAGAAAGACCCCAUGAAAUGGCUUGACGAACUCAAUUUUCUUGUGUUGACAUAUUUCCUAUUGAAAUAGGAAUUUGGGUGGGACAUUUCAAAGUGCAUGUAUCUUUUUUUAAUAGCCAAUAGGCAGUCAUGAACUAUCAUUUUAUUUUCACUCUAGAGAGCAUUUAAUUGCACACAAAUUUGGGUGCAAGAUAAAUCAUUAAUAUUUUUAAUCUACAAGACUGUAAAUUGUGUAUAUAUACUGAAAGAUAAUUUUGACAACUUUUAGGAGUACAUUAUCAUAUAAGAUAGCUUCAAAGCUACCAGACUAAAAGCAACAAUCUCCAAUUUUAAUUGUAUGGGAUCUUCAAUAUGUAUAUCAGCUCUUUUUUACAGAGCAGUGAUGAAGGUGCAAUAAUCAAAUCCAUCCAUCCAUCCUCUACCGCUUGUCCUAUGCAGGGCCACGGGUGGUGCUGGAGCCUAUCCCAACUGUCUCGGGCCGAAGGCAGGGAAACACCCUGGACAGGUGGCCAGUCCAUCACAGGGCAACAAUCAAACAAAUGUUAAAAAUGUCCUGUGCUCUUUUUGGCACUUUAAAAAAACCAUAGUUUAACUACA